AUGCCGCGCGGACGUCAAGGAGGUUACUAUCCAGGCACCCCAGGAUCGCCAGGGACACCAGGUACCCCAGGCAGUCCAGGCACUCCGGGUAGCCCAGGUGGUCCCGGAGGACCUGGUGGUCCCGGCGGUCCAGGUGUUCCCGGCACUGUGGGUGGAUCCGGAAGUCCCAGUGGACCUGGAGGCCCCAAUGGCCCUGGUGGACCUAGCGGUCCUGCCGGCCCUAGUGGUCCCGUAGGUCCCAGUGGACCAAAUGGUCCUAGCGGUCCCGGUACAGGUGGCGGUUAUUAUCCAGGAUCUGGACAAGGUGGCUACUACCCUGGUACACCUGGUACCCCAGGAACUCCGGGUAGCCCAGGUGGCCCAGGCGGCCCUGGAGGACCUGGUGGCCCUGGAGGACCCGGCGGUCCCGGUGGACCCGGUGGACCAGAAGGGCCCGGAAACACUGGACCCGACGGCAGCUAUAACCCAGGGAGCGGACAAGGACAACUUACAGUUCCGCCAACUCAACAAGAAAAACCUCAGCAGCCUGAACUACCAGGUACUCCAGGACAGUCAGGCACUCCAGGACAACCAGGCACUCCAGGACAGCCUGGCACUGCGGGACAACCAGGAACUCCGGGACAACCGGGCAAACCAGGACAACCAGGCACUCCGGGACAACCAGGCAUUUCGGGACAACCGGGCACUUCAGGACAACAAGUCUACCCAGGACAACAAGUUCAACCAGGCUAUUAUCCGGGACAACAGGGCACGCCACAACAACCAGGCGGACCUGGAUAUCCCGGAAAACCAAGUGAACCUAGUUACCCGGGACAACCAGGUAAACCAGGCACGCCGGGACAACCAGGCACGCCGGGACAACCAGGCACGCCGGGACAACCAGGCACUCCGGGACAACCAGGCAUUCCGGGACAACCGGGCACUUCAGGACAACCAGUCUACCCAGGACAACAAGGUCAACCAGGCUAUCCGGGACAAGCAAGCGGGCCUGGAUAUCCCGAAAAACCGAACCAACCUGGUUACCCGGGACAACCAGGUAAACCAGGCGCUCCGGGACAACCGGGCACUCCAGGGCAACCGGGCAUUCCGGGACAACCGGGCAGUCCGGGACAACAAGGCGGACCUGGAUAUCCCGGAAAACCAAGUCAACCUAGUUACCCUGGACAACCAGGUAAACCAGGCACGCCGGGACAACCAGGCGCGCCGGGACAACCAGGCACGCCAGGACAACCAGGCACUCCGGGAAAACCAGGCACUCCGGGACAACCGGGCACUUCAGGACAACCAGUCUACCCAGGACAACAAGGUCAACCAGGCUAUCCAGGACAAGCAAGCGGACCUGGAUAUCCCGAAAAACCAAACCAACCUGGUUACCCGGGACAACCAGGUAAACCAGGUGCUCCGGGACAACCAGGCACUCCGGGGCAACCGGGCACUCCGGGACAACCAGGCACUCCGGGACAACCAGGCACUCCAGGACAACCGGGCACUCCAGGACAACAAGUUUACCCAGGACAACAAGGCCAACCAGGCUAUUAUCCGGGACAACAGGGCAUUCCAGGACAAUCAGGCGGACCUGGAUAUCCCGAAAAACCAAACCAACCUGGUUACCCGGGACAACCAGGUAAACCAGGCGCUCCGGGACAACCGGGCACUCCGGGACAACCAGGCACUCCGGGACAACCAGGCACUCCGGGACAACCAGGCACUCCAGGACAACCGGGCACUCCAGGACAACAAGUU